AUGGGACACCAACACGACCCCAGCAUAGAUGACAGCCCAGUCGCCCUCGCGGGUCAUUGCAUAUGCUGUGGCCAGCCACAGUGCAUCUAUUGGGUUCUAUCUUGCCAUGAAGACGAAGGCAGACUAGAUGGCUUCGGCACCACUUCAUCCACCUCAUACAUCGCGGGCGAUGAGGGGCCCACUCCUGCCAGUGGUGGGCUGGGCUACGAUGACAUCGACUCGGACGGCGCUGGUUUUAUGGCGCGUGAUAAUGCCGACGAAUAUCCGUCCACCGGCGACCCUUACACGUCCGCAGCACCGAAGUCUGCGCAGACAGAUACGCCACAGCCGCACAAUGCCCUAUUCGGAGUCGUACAGUGCCAACCCGGUUCCGAAGUUUCAAUCACGAUUUUGCCACAAGAGCAAUACCAGACUCGCCAAGUGAUGGUGUUGCAAUAUCCCCCUAUUCAAUUCGACGGCUGCAGUCUCCAACGCGCCCUGACGGACGAGACGAGCGACCUCGUGGGUCGCGAAGCGGCGGCGUUCGGAGCCGCCGCUUCUCUCCCGCAGAAGAUGUCAAUCAUUCUCAUGUUCUCGGGUCAUGCGCGGUAUUCUCACCAGGCAAACAUCCUUCGCGCGCGGCAGACCCCGCCGACCCGCGCACAACUUGCAACUAUAGUCGCUCGUGAGGUUCUGCGCUUUUUGACGAAAGCGCGUGAAUUGGGUAUCCCGUUACAGUUCCGCGGACACGCGGUACUGGGGCUGCAGGAUCUCGUCCUUAUGGAAGUGCGCCAUGUGUCCAAGAGCAGCAUCCAACCUGUGAUCGGUAUCAUCCAUCGCUAG